GUGAGCUUGGACCGGUGUCCCCGCUGCUGCUCCACCGGUCGCUGGGAGAUGUCAUCCCGUGAACGCCACUUUGUCGGCCGGUUGCUAAUUAACCACCUAGCUUGUUAGAGCACCGGCGCUCGACGCAGCCGGCUAACGGCAGCCAGCUUGCUAACUUCGGGACGUUACUCUCAGAGAAACUACAGUCAAGUUCUCUGUCAUCGCAGGAAAAGUGCCAGCUGUCGCUCUGAGGACAGUGUAGGACGAGAGGCUUGUUUUGUUUGAUUUCAGCAUGACUCAUGUUCAUUAUAAAUUCUCCUCCAAACUCAGCUACGACACGGUGGUGUUUGACGGCCCGCACAUCACGCUGAGGGACCUGAAGAGGCAGAUCAUGGGCAGGGAGAAGCUCAGAUCCGGCGACUGCGACCUGCAGAUCACAAACGCGCAGACCCAAGAAGAGUACACAGAUGAUGAAGGUCAGAUCCACAAAGGCUCGUCUGUCAUCGUCAGGAGAAUCCCCAUCAUCGGACACAAGUCCAGCUCGAACAGCAAGACCCGCAAUGUUGAGCGGUUGGAUGUCCAGCUUCACCACCCCUCUGGAGCCGCCAAAGCAAUGGAUGAGCAGAGUGCCUCCAGAGCCUUACCCCUUUUCUCCAAGAUGGCCAACCUGGCUAAUGCGGAUGUGCCAGAGGAGGAUAAGCUCAAAGUCAUCUUAAAUCAGUCCACCUUUGACACCACGAGUUAUACCAAGAAGUCUAGUACUGUUCUUCCAGCAAACUACACCUGUUAUCGCUGUGGACUUGCUGGACACCACAUCAGGAACUGUCCCACCAGCGGGCAAGAUAAAGGCUCAGAGGCCCCUCUGAGAUUAAAGAAAAGCACAGGCAUCCCUCGCUCCUUCAUGGUGGAGGUGGACGAUCCCAACAUAAAAGGAGUCAUGAUGACCAACUGUGGACAUUACGCCAUACCUGCCAUACACGCUAAGGCGUACGCCAUUGGCAAGAAGGAGAAGCCUCCGUUUGAGGAGCAGCCCGAGUCAGAAGAGAAGGAGGAUCCUGUUCCUGACGAACUCCUCUGCCUGAUCUGCCGUGACCUGCUGAGUGACGCUGUGCUCAUACCCUGCUGCGGAAACAGCUACUGUGACGACUGUAUCCGCACCACCCUGCUGGACUCAGAGGACCACGUCUGCCCCACUUGUAACCAAUCGGAUGUCUCCCCUGAUACCCUGAUAGCCAAUAAAUUUCUCAGACAGGCUGUGAACACUUUUAAGAAAGAGCGAGGCCACAAUAAAAGUCUGAGAGGAAGGUGUGGCACAUCCCAGUCCCAGAAUCCGACCCCGACGCCGAGCCCUGUGCCCACACCGCCUCCUCUCACCGUGCACAGCCAGCCUCACAAGUCUUACCAGUCGACCCGCAGCCAGCAGGACCCUCUCCUGCACCACGCACAGGCUGCAGAAACGCCGCCACCACCGCCGUCUCAGGUGUGUGGGGCUCCUCUGGCAGCGGCGGGCCCCACCCCUGCUUCCGACACGCCGAGCACAUCCCUCCAGCCUCCGCAAAGCCACCUGCAGCCGCCUGACAAAGAGGCUGAAGAGAAGACACCGGAUGACUCAUCGGCUGCUGCCCCUUCUGUGCUGGUUUCGCACAAAGACCCCGCUGCUGCUGCUGCUGCGUCACAGCUGAUACCACUGGUGAACCACACUCCAGCGGGAGAGCAGCCCCAGACAGCCAGUGUGAAUCUGCAGCAGACCUCCUCAGGUCCAGCUUCGAGACACUCUGGCCCAUCAACGUGCUGGAGCAGCUCCUCCUCCUCAACUUGUCCCACCGGAGGCUGGAGUGACUCCAGCACCCUGCAGCCCCCUCCCUCCUCUGCUUCCUCCUCAUAUCCAACAGCUCCUCCGCCUCUCUUCCCCUCCCCCCAUUUCCACGCAUUCCUCGCCGCUCAGCAGCCUCUCGGCAGUUACCCCCCUGGAUACCCACCUGCCACGCCCGUCUGGACAUUCCCACCCCCGCAGAGCGCCCCCAUCCCUUCCCUCUGCUCCUCUACCUCCGCCUCCCUCAUCCCCCAGGAGUGGUACAUGCAUCAGAGAAAGAAGAAGGAAAGGUCACCUCACAGAGGAUCCAGCUACAGACGCUCCUCCUCUCGAUCUAAUUCAAAGUCUUCGAAGUCCAAGUCUUCUCGCUCCUACUCGCGCUCAUCAAGCAGGUCCAGAUCCCGUUCCCGGUCCAGAUCCCAAGGCAGAUCGAGGCCCCACUCGCCCUACGCCCGCCACAGAGACCUUCACACCCGCUCUCAUUCUUCCCACUCUUAUAGCUAUGGUUACAAACGCUCCCCUACACCGUCCUCGUCAUCUUCACCUCGGGUGGGUUACCGUUCGAGGUCCAAGUCACCGUCGGAUUGCCGCAAAAACAGCCAUCACAGUCGGCAUCGCAAUAAGAAGUCCACUUCGAGCAGCUACAGCUCCAGGAGGCGAGAGGGACGCUCCCAGAGGGAAGCGGGAGGCUCAGGGGGGAGUUCAGACAGCUACCUGUAUGCUCAGCAGGCAAAUCAGACCAGCAGCCUGGAGCUGGACAGAGAGCGCUAUCUGAAGUGGAAAAUGGAGUACAAAGAGUGGUGUGAGAAAUAUUUCAGCAGCUAUGUAGGCCACUUCCACCACCUGCCACCUCCACUCCUCAGUCUUCCUCCCUCUCCUCUUCCUCAGUGGGGGGACAAAGAAGGAAGCAGCAAUCACUCAAAAGCCAACUCGGAGUUUUGUAACCGACUCCAAGGUAGACGCGCUGCCCGGACGGACAGGCGCUCCCCUCCAUCGCAGUCAUCCAGCGACAGCCGCUCCCCUCCAUCUCAGUCUUCAAGUGACAGCCGCUCCCCUCCAUCUCAGUCGUCUGGGGACAGUCGCUCCACGCCAUCUCAGUCGUCUAGUGACAGUCGCUCCUCUCCGUCUCAUUCGUCCAACGACAGCCGUUCCCCUCCCUCUCGGUCGUCCAGCGGCGGUCGCUCCACUCCAGCUAAAGAUGGAGCUCGGCCGAGGGCGUGUCAGCAGAGGUGUGCUGAGAAGUACAGCAGCCUGCCAAUCACACUUACAAAGAGCAGUGAGGGAGUGGAACUGCAGGAAAGAAGACGAGACGACAAGCAGCUGAUCACAAAGACUUCGAUAAACCUCAGCACCUUAAAACAUGGACAAAAGAGCAUUAAGAAACACGAGGAAGGUAGAGAGGACUCUUCAUCCCCUGAUGCUGCAGACUCAAUGGACGACUGCAGAAAGGACAGAAGGAGGCACAACGCUGCACCAAAUGCCUGCAAAGACAGCACCCGUGUACAGGACAAAUCCACUGCCAGCGAGGCCUUAGAAUCAGCCCGACCCAUCAUGAAACCAGAUAAACAUUUGGAUAAAGACAGCAAAAGAAAGAGCGGAGAACAAAGGAAUUUGGAAAAAGAGAGAAGCUGGAGAAGAGGCAAACAUUCAGACUCCAGGCAGGAUGUGGAGAGGAGGCACAAAGAGAAGCCCAGCAAAGGGACAGGCAGGGUGGAUACAGACAGAUGCAGAAGCCCCGGAGGCAGCAAAGCUUCUGACUCAAGAUCAGAGAAGAAUAGAAAAAGAAAAGGAGAAGACGUGGAGAGAAGUUCUGUCAAGGCUCAAAGCAGCAAAUGCCUGAAGACAAACCUUACAGAGGUCCCUGAAACCCACAAGAGUGAAUCCCCAAAUCCAUUUGACAGAAAGAAGCCAAAAACAGAGAGGCAAAAGGAGAGGAAAACAUGGCCUCUGCCAGAGAGAGACAUCUGGGAGGAAGGGAUAAAGGUGAAACCACAGAAGAAGAUAAGCAUCAACAUCAACCUGGAUGGAAAAAGGACGGAAGAGAAAACUUCUUAUUUAGAGAGCAUCACAGGCAAAACAAAGGAAGAGAAUGAGAAGACUGGCAAUGGAGAGGAGGACAAGUUAAAUAGAGGGGGGGCAGAGGUUGAAGUAAAUGAAAAGAAUGAACAAAGCAGAGACCAGAAAGGUGUGCCUGAAGAAAAAAUAAAACCAGAUGAAGGAGAGGCAAGAUCGAUGUGGGAGAAAGUUACCUUCAAAGACGAUAAGAGAGAUAUGAGGGAGACAAAAGGAAGAGGGAAGAAAGAGGACAGAGGAGAGGAGGACUUUGACUUAUGGCACUGUGCCCUCAGAGGAGUGGAGGAGGAGAAGGAGGAGAGUGAAAAACGAGACAAGACGGAGGCCAGCAAAGCAGAAGAGGUGACAAAUGACAGGAAGAGGAGCGUGACGGGAGGAAAGGACGAAGAGAGGAGAGUGAGGGAUGAUGGCGGAGGACAAGAUACGAGAGAGUUGGUCGCAGGUUCCCGAAAGGAGAGGCCAGAGGGAGAAAGCACACGCAAGGAAAACAGAUCGAACCAGCCGGAGGAAGCGAAGCCAAAGGUGGAGCUGAUGGAGUGGAGGAUGAGGAAAGAAGAGGACACAGGGAGGUCCAAGGCGCAGAGGAGCAGGAACGAGAGCCUCCAUGAUGGACCAAACAGCACGGUGGAGGAUGGCAGCAGCUACGAGGAGCAUCAGGAGAGGAAGACAGUGGUGAAAACUCUGGAGGAGUACAGCCGGAACAGAGCUGCAUUCAGAGAGGACGAGCUCAUACUCAUACAGGUCCCUCGCUCCAAAUGGGAGAAGGAAGAGUCUGAGGAAGAAGAGAAGGUUGAACGACAGAUCAAAGUUCAAACAGAUGCUCUCGCAGCGUUUCUGCCGUCAUCAUCCGUGUCUGUGACGGCAGAAACGCCGAGCGGGAAUGAAGAGCAGAGACAUAGAGAAACAGAGAGAGACAGGGCCAGAGGAAAGGACGAGGAGAGAGACAGAAACUCCACUUUGUCCAGUUCACAAAGAAGUGUGGCUCCCUCUAGUGGCAAAGACAGACCUGACAGCCCCUUGACAACAGAGAGAAACGGGGAGAGAAGGAUGGAGAUGGAGAGGCCGAGGGGUAGGCAGAAAGAGAGUAACAGAUCAAAGGAGAGAGAAAGGGAGGGAGAGAAAGGGGGAGACAGGGAGAGAGAGGGGCGACACAGCAGCAGUGGCUCGACCCAAAAGAGGGAUCCCCCUUCCUCCUCUCACUCCUACUCUUAUUCGACAUCACAUGACACAGAGAGGAGAGACAGGCAGCGAGGGGGUGACCAGGACGGCAACAAGACUCCCUGCUCUCCCGGCGGGAAAUCCUCCAAUGGCAGAAGCUGGAAAAGCAGCGUGACAAGCAGAGCUGCCGACCCGCCAAGCCAAACAUAUAGAGACACGCUACUGGGUUUGAAAUUUACAGACAGGUACCAUUCCCGCCAUUACCACAAUCCCCAGGAUCCAUCAGGCAACUACAGACACCAAGACAGACCUGCAGGGACCCACCAAUCCCCACCUCCCUACUCCCAUAGCUGGGGUAGAGAGAGAGACCUGCCCCUCUCCGAAUCCUGUGAAAGGGCAGAGCUCGGCAAGCCCAGAAUGAGCAGCCCUGAUCGGGAAUUAAUGCAGAACAGAAGUAGAAAUGAGAGCAAGGGGGGGUGGAAGCGAAACAAGGUGGAUAAAGGAAUAAAAGAGGGCAAAGGAGAGAGAGAAAAUCAAGAGAUGGUGCACGACAGAGGCGGGGGUGGUCGAUGGGAGGAUGAGGCUGAUAAACUGGAUGGACAGACCAGGUGGGAGGGAGGUAGAGAGCUGGAGGAAGGCCAGAGGCCCAGCAGCAACAGCGUCUCAGAGAGCAGCAGCGACGAGAGGGGUAAAGAUUGGAAGAGGAAACAAAAGGAGCAGAGAACACCUGUCCCGGAGGAGGAAGGAGAGCUGAGAAAAAGCAGGGAUGGAAGGGAAGAGGGGAGUAGUGCAGGGGGGGAGGACAAGUGGAAAGAAGACCACUGUGCUCAGUUACGUUACUUGACCGUCAUGGGACAAAAAGUGAAAUUUAAUGACUGAUGUUUUUCCUUUCUCUGUCCAAAAAGUGCCUGAAUUUAUUUUUUGACUUUUUUUGUUCCAGGGUACUUUUUGUAUCACCUUAUGAGAGAUCUGCAGCAUCCAAAAUGAAAGUGAACAGAUUGUGAAGGAAAAGCACUUUAUACUAUAUAUAUGAAAUGAAUGUGAAUGAAAGCAAAUGUGAAACCUUUGACCUGUUGAAUUACUUAAAAAUCGAGGAACGUGCACAUGCUCGCGGCGUGUACAUGCUCAGGACUGCCACCAACCAUGGUUUAUGUAUUAAACCUAAAAUGUCACAGCUUGCAUGAAGGAAAUUGUACAUUUUGACAACAGAUCAGUCAGUAUAAUUUAAGUUGCCUCACUCAGGAGUGCUUAUAGAGGAUUGAUGAAAAGAGAUUGUUUCUAAUUUCAAACACAUACUGUGAAUAUUAUGAUUUUGAACCUCUGUGUUGUAUUUUCUUUUUCAUUUUUUAAAUGUUUGAUUUAAAAACAUCUGCUGGAUGGAUAAAGAAUUUGUCAGAGGAAAUGUUUAGU